AUGAUGUUUAUGGAUGAUGUGGAUAUUAAAGCCAGGAGGCAAAAACAAGCUGCGUAUAAAGCAGAACUUGAUGCUCAAAUCAAUGCAAAAAAUCAUGUGGCUGCGACUCCACCUCCAAAAGAAAGAGUAACAAAUUCAAAUCAAAAUCAUGCCAACAUAAAUUACGGCUUUCAAAAUAAACCUAGUGUUGACAACACUCCAGUAUAUAUUGCGCCAAUUCAAGUUUCUAAACCAAACGUUUUUCAAGAAAAUUUAACCAGUCAAAUCAAAACGAUUUUUUCGAAUCAGAACACGCGAACAUUCAUUUCUCCUCUAUCAUCACCAAUUCAAUACUUUACAUUUCAAGAUAAACAACUUACAGAAGAUUUUUCAUUCCAAUUUCGUCCAAUUCAACCUAAAUUUGUUCCACAAGAUCCAAAAGUGGAUAAAAUUAGGCCAAUUCAAACAGAUGUAAUCAGAAUGGUAAAAAUGUCGAUAAACGAAGUAAACAUUCCGCAGCCUUUAAUAAACUACCAAGCCAUCGAAGAGAAAUCUCAUACAUAUACUCCUAGAUGCGGUUUUACCCUUAGAGGAAGUAAUUUCGAAUUUCAGUCGAAUAAGCAAACUCCUCAGGAUACUUCACCAAGAGAAAGCGAAGAAGAUGAAGCCGAUCAACACGUAUUUCCAAAUGAUUUGCCGUACUUUUAA